AUGAAUUUGCGGGAUCGGCGCGUAUCUGUCGGUCGAUUGAGUCGGGUGUUGAACAAACACUACAAGGACUCUUGUCAGUUAGUAGCAAUUGUUGUUGACCCUUCAAUUAACGUAAUUACCAUCGUUAUUAAUAAAUGGAUAAUGAGGAUGCUGCCAGACUUCAGUACGCCCCGAACGACCCACGCAACACGUUCCCUUCGACGGUUAUACCUUCUUAAGCGUAUCGGCCAAGUCAUGAAUCUCAAGCUGCUGUUCUUCCUCGAGGUUACAUUGAGGAUAUCCCUCAGUUCCGGGGGUCGAAUUUGCCCGGAUGCUGCGACCGAGUGCGCUGAAAUUAGUCUCGACGAAACGACGACGCCAACGACAAACCUCGAAGAAUUGGAGAGCAAAAUAUCGCGGAUCGAACGAAGAUUAAGAGCCGUAGAGCAGCCGGUUUGGCAAAUCAGCGGAAGACCAGAUGACUGGGAAGUCUGUGCCGAGGGCCCGUGCAGAUGCAGACCGGAAACAAGGUCCAUAUCCUGUUGGGGAAGGAACUUCUUGGACGUUCCACCGACGCAGCUCGUCCCUAACGAUCUCCUCAAGUUGGACCUUGGAAGCAAUCAGCUCACUGCCUUGCACAGGGACACUUUUUUGGAUCUCACGCAGCUCCUUCAUUUGGAUCUCAGCGACAACCAGAUCGAACACCUGCCGCUCAAUCUUUUUUUCUCCCUCCACGCGGUGACCCAUCUAAGACUCAGCAGAAACCUUCUGCGAGAGCUGCACCAAAAUCAGUUACUUCGAAUGCGACGAUUGCAUAUCUUAGAUUUUUCUUCCAAUAAAUUGAGUACCUUACCAGCAGCGCUGUUUCUCACCACAACAACCCUCGCGAUUUUGGACCUUUCUUCAAAUCGAAUAUCAACGUUGCCUUCGGGCGUUUUUAACGGUCUCAGGGAACUCGAAGAGUUACUCCUGAUCAAUAAUUUGCUCUCAACACUUCCGGGUUCAAUUUUACACGAUUUGAGUAACUUGGUAUCCCUGAGACUAGAAGAGAACAAACUUCAAGAUCUACCCACUGAAUUUUUCACCGCGCAACUUCAUCUCACCGAGUUAAAUCUGAGGGGUAAUCAGUUCACGAGGAUCAAGAACGGACUCUUCGAACCUCUGGCCAAUCUUCUAGUUCUCGAACUAUCUGCCAAUAGAAUAGCACAUAUCGAUCUGAAAGCUUUCGAGGGGUUGAUCUCUCUGAAGGAGCUCCAACUGGGCCACAAUUCACUGAAGAGCAUUACACCUGGACUCUUUCUUCCGGUCAGAUCUUUGGAACGUCUGGUUCUAUAUGCGAAUAGUUUGAUUUCACUAGACGCUGGCGCUUUCAAAGGUCUAUCAAACUUGACGAUCCUACUUCUUCACGCGAAUCACCUGAAAAACGUGCACUCGGAUCUUCUCAAGGACACGCCGAGUCUCCGUAAACUGCAACUGGAGGCGAACCACCUGUCGUAUCUGCCGUCGCGAUUUCUCGACGUAAUUCCGAACAUCCGGCAAUUACGGCUGGAGCGAAAUCCAUGGCAUUGCGACUGCGGUGCUGCUUAUCUCGCCGGAUGGUUGAGGAAGAGGUACCUGGCUACUCCCAGGGGAUAUUCCGUUUCUAGCAACAAAUCCAGUUUUUGGGAUUACGGAGCUGGUGCCGUAUGUCGUGGUCCAGGUGCUCUCGGUGGGAGACUUCUGGUUCAAUUGUCCUUUCACGAGCUCUGCGAAGGUCAGUGGGCUUCCAUGCGAGGGUUAGUGCCUCGAUUACCGGUUGAACCACCCACGACCACUUUGCCGUCCACCAUUCAACAUUGAUCUCAAAAAAAUUAUAGCGAUUAAGUUUGACAAUAGCUGCAGCUAGAGAAUAAUCAUUACAUUAAUUUAAUACCUGAAUCAUUUUUUCAAAUAAAAUAUGAAAAAUUAUCGACUUUCUACUUUAUCGCAAUAGAUUGCGUAUAAU